AUGUCAAAUUAUGCCAAUUUUCUUUCCAAAUUUGACUUUGACGUGGUAAACAAAGCAUCAAAAGAGAAUAUAAAUGCCGAUUAUUUAUCUCGAAUAGCACACUUGAAUAGACUAAACAAGAUUGGUGGCGCUCAAAGCACAGUUAACAAGGACGGUUUCGAUAAUAUCAUUAUCCGUCAGAUCAACCCAAGGAAAUACCCCAAGGCACCAUGGGAGCUUGUUCACAUAGAUUAUGCGGGGCCGUUUGAAGGAAUGAUGUUACUCAUUAUAAGCGAUGAUUUUUCCAAGUGGUUAGAUGUGAAGGUUACAAAGUCAAUUACGGCAUCUGCAACGAUUACACUGCUAGACAAAGUGUUUGCUGCCUAUGGUGGGCCAAUGAUGAUUGUUUCUGACAAUGGAACAAAUUUUUUCUCGGCUGGAUUCAAUAAUUAUUUGGAAAGAGUGGGCGUUGAGUAUCACAAAUAUACUGCACCAUACCACCCGGCAACGAACGCCCAGGCAGAAAGAAAUAUGCAGACUGUGAAAAACGCGUUAAGGGCAAUGUGCACUACAAGAGUGACUCUGAAUGCUCCGCAUUUUACUAUGGGACAGUCGCCAGCACAGCUGUUUUUGGGUCAACAGCUGCGUAAACUUCUAGAUCUAGUGCGGCCAGAAGAGACGAAAUGUAGUAAAAUCCAGGCAGUAUAUGAAGGAUAA